UAUGUGGUCCCCACCAUGAUUUCUCCCGGCCCGCUGAGUGUAAUGAGGAGAUCUUUCUUUGGCUUCCAGCCCCGGCGCGCUAAUCGUGUUUAAGACCCAGGUCUUACCUCUCUUCUUUCAUUGACCACUGUCCACUAGCCCGGCCAUUGUGUGUGUCUUCGGGAGUCUGGAUUGUCCAGGACAGGAGUUUCUGGCUCGAGGAAUAAAGAAUGACAGAUUAGAGAGAAAAAGAGAUUUCUUACUACCUCCAUCAAGACAAGCCGCGCCCCCUCACAACUGUCACCAUGGCAACGGCCAAGACAGAAGCAGUCCCCCUGGUGCCCAGUUUCGAGGCGCCAAAAGGCAACUGGAUCGCCCGCAACCUCCGGCUGGUGAACGAGGACAGCCGGGAACUUUUCCCGCCGUCUGCCGCCGGAUCCAGGACCAGCAAACAGGACAAGUUCAACUCUCUGUACAAAGUGGACUAUCAUAACUACCCUGAGGAGGCCUUCAUUGAGGGAUUGAUGGAGAAGGGGAAAGAACCCAAGAGAGAGACAAUCAGAGAUGUUCUGUUUGGAAACAGCCCGUCUGAGAUUUUCCAGGAGUGGAAGAUCCCCAAUCGCCUGGUCCCAGAACCUGCCCCAAACGUUGGAGACGCGGCCGCCUAUGCUGCGGUGUUGUCUGGCAAAAGGGACAGAGGUCAAGGCCGACCCCCGGCUCCGUUGAUCAGAGAGGCUUCUCGAGAAACAACACCAGAUGGACAACGCCAUGAGGAAAUCUCUUCUGCCUGACGCCAAGAAGAACGUGGAGGAUUGGCUGGAGACGGCGACAGAUAGUGAACGCCAGGUGGCUCUCAAGUUCUUCACGUCUGUUGCUGGCGCCAAACUGAUGGGGACCACGGCGCAGGAGCAGAAGGGAAGACUGCAGCAGGUUAUACGGACACUCGAAACUCAGCGCGGCCAGGCGGCCACCCCUGCCAUGAGACGGUCCCUGGACUCGAACCUGGACGGAAGGGAGAGCAAGCUCAAGUAUGUGAGACUCCUGGACCCCCAGACACGCUCCAACCGGUGGAUGCACACCACAUGGCACCACCUGCCUGAGUACAAGAACGACAACCCUGUGAACAACUGGAGCAGCCACUACGUCCGCCCCCACGCCCCCACCCCCCGACACUUCGUCAUCCAUCCCGACUGGGGCUAAGACCCCCUGGCCUUGACCUUAGCCACUAACUAGGUCAAAGGUCAAGACAGACGACAGAAUGGAGUCAGUGUGUAGAAAUGUCAAUUAUAAUUUUUAAAAAUACAUGUAAUAUUAUUAUCUGUCCGCCAUGAAAUGUCCGAGUCAAUUUUUGUCUCUGGUGUCGUUACAGUAAAAAAGUUACUGCAUAAUAUUACAUUAAACUAAUAUUGUAUGUUAUAUGUAGUAAGUAAUGUUGUCAUGGUAGGCCAAGUUUCUCCAGAUUAUUACCACACGGUUUGGGUAUUCUAUUCACCAGUAUUAUAUUUAUCAAAUUUGUCUAUCUAUCUAUUGUUGUUGAUUAAAAUCUAUUGAUCUUUUUUUCGUCUCGUUUCUCAGUCUUUUGUCCACUAAGUAUACUGAAAGUCUGUCUAUUUUCCUGUAAUUUGUAAGUGUGACAGUAUGGAUGAGAAACAUGAGUCUGUCCUGACUACCGUCCAGGAUGUUUAAGUGUCUAGGCUGUACUGUCAAUGCAAAUGAGACAGAGUCUACAAGGAGUUGCUUUGUAGAAUGAUUCACUAUCUCGUGAUCUUCAAACAGGUGAUACAAAUUGAUGGAAACAGUGUGGUUUAUUAAUAAAGAUCUGUUUUUUUAAACU